CGCUGCUUCGUCGUCAAGAUGUUUCCCAAAGGUGGACCAAGGGAUGAUCCUACACGCUUGCAGUCAGGAUUACGGGGGAAUAAAUUGCCCCGUCCUGUGGAGAUCCUCGCCUCUGUCAUAUCAGUAACUUAUGUUGGUGUCGGCAAUGUGCCGCAGCAUAUGCUCAAAUCGACAUUUCGUAUUCGGAGAAAGGCAGUAUUGGCUGCACUUCAAUGGCUGAUGAAGCAUAAUAAAUGCUUCUCAGAAUAUACGAUGGACGAGGCUGUGUUGAACUCCCUGCCAGAAGAUGACGUACCUUUGGAGAUAAAGGCCGCCAUUCGUCAAGAAACAGAAAUAAGUGCUCUCCUCAAAGAGCAUGACUCAUACGUACCUGGAAAUGGUGUGUUCCUGCCUGCAUUCAAGCACUCUAAACUUACCUUCUUGCAAUGAUAGACAUUGAUGACGGUGACGAAUCAUGUAGCG